AUGGAGAUGAUCAAAACAGGAGAUCUUUACCUUUGGAUAUUCAUCCUCCAGAUCUUCAUAGACACUUCACAAUCAAACCCAAUAGUUGAAGGUAGUCAGAGUUAUAGAUCGUGUUCCUCUAACCGGUUCCUGACAUUUACAAGUGCCUCGUAUUACUACGGAAGCUGUACCUGGAACGCUAAGAAUGCAUUAAACAGUAACUGUAACUAUCCUACGUCCUGUACAAUCCAUGCUUCUAACACCUGGCUAGGACAUGACCCCUGUGUAGGAUAUGUCAAAUACCUCACCUGGACGGAAACAUGCACAGAUAUCUGGACCACGUGGACUUCUUGGAGUUGUCCCAGCACCUGUACCACACAGACACUGACCAGAAGCAGGUCAUGUAACAGACCUAGUGGAUGUUCCGGGUCCACAAGCCAAUCUAGUAGUUGUCUGUCUGUAGGAUGUCCCCGACAUGGUGAAUGGGGAUCGUGGGACACGUGGAAUUCCUGUACUGUUACGUGCGGUGGGGGUACUAAAAUACGGUCAAGAGAGUGUAACAACCCCUCCCCCUUAAACAGUGGUAACAACUGCGGAUAUCCCGGCCCAUACACAAGCACAGAGACUAUCAGCUGUAAUACCUUAGACUGCUUCCGUUGUGGAAACAGGGAUUACGUUUACUCUCUAUCAACGACUUUGUCAACGGAUUCUACUCAAAGGCAAAUUAUUUUGCUGGAAGACGCCUCCCUUCGCAUGUCUUGUUGUGGAGUUAUAAAGAAGUGGACUUUCCAUGCCGGAAAAUCAGGUGAAAUCAAAUUCCAGGUGUGGAGAAAAUCUGGAACCACUUACACAUUGGUAGGACAAAAUAGCUACACAGUACCAGCUGGUGCCACUGGUGUAACACACACUUAUCAGGUGCCAGAGUUCGACAGAAUAAUAACACAAAGCGGCGAUCUUAUUGGAUGGUUCUGUCUCUCCGACCCGGUGGUAUCCUACUCCGCUGGCAGUGCAAUGUAUCCAGAUAACAUCAGAAUUGGGACGUUAACGGCUGGUCUGACGGUGUACGAGGGGGAUACGUAUCCAUGGUCAUCAGUGACCUACACUAAUGAUAUCUCAUACGCCGUGAAAGUUUCCACAGCAGACAGUGGUUCUCCGUACUUUGUUAACAUGGGACUGACUGCCACGGUGUUUGAUAAUACAGCUAUAGGAAGUCGGGUGUACACUGUCAGGGUAUGGGACCCCGAUAGACGGGAGGAUCUCAUCGUAACUCCAACUACCUCAACCACUUACCUCAACUAUAAAAACGGUUACAUUGUGACUGGGUCGGCGUUGUCAGUCGGGACUUACUCGCUGUCACUCAGUGUGACAGAUACUUGUCAGAACGCGGCAGUAGCCACAGCAACCAUUCAAGUCGUAAACACAGUAAGGGUGCCAUAUUAA